AUGUCUCAAAAGAAACAGACAGCGGCGAUAAUCGGCUCUUCCCUGACAGGACUCAUUCUGACCCUCUCCCUUCUCCAUCAUGGAUUGUACCAGCCAUCAGAGAUCAAGCUUUAUGAUCUGCGAAGCUCAGACACUGUAGAUCCAGCCAGCUCCAGCGGAGUAGUGCUGACUCCAAAUGGUCUGAAAGUCCUGGACUCUCUUGGAAUCUUGGAUCGCUUUGGCCAUCUCUGCUGGCUCUCUGAAUACCGGACGUUCAAGAACGACCGAGAUGAGACGGUUCGAAAGACGCUCAUUGCUAAUGAAGGGUUAUACGGGUAUAAGAAUCACCGCGUAUGGAGAAGGGUGUUAUUGAAUGUCUUGCUGGAGAUGGUCCAGGAGAGUGGUGUUGAGAUUCGCUGGAAGUCAAGAUUUGAAGGCGUCGUGAGUGAGGGCGAGGACCAGGUUGUUUUCAAGGUCAAUGGGCAGAAACAGGCGGUGGGAAUGCUCAUUGGUGCAGAUGGAAUUCAUUCGACUGUCAGGAAGUACCUCUGCCUUGACGUCAAGCCAGAGUAUACCGGGGUGUUGGGAGUGUUGAGCCAUAUUCGGUGGGAUGCGGUUCAAUGGCCUUAUGCAGAUUACGAAAGAGCGUGCACCAUUCAAGGAAAACCAGGAGCAUUGGUUCUUAUGCCUGAGGAUCGCGCUGGCUCUGUCAUCAUGGUUGCAAUGCAGAUAAAAAUGGAAGAACAAAGCAGAGAGAAAUGGGAAGCACUGGCAAAGGACAAAGAGUGGAUGUCUCAAUACUUCAGAAAGGGAUAUGAGGACUGGGGCGACACCGCGAAAAGCAUUAUCGACGCCGUCACCCGUGAUCCUGAGACCUUAUACAUGUGGCCAUUCAUGCGAAUGGCUCGGCUGGAAAGAUGGUACUCGGAUACAGGGAGAGUGGUCAUCAUGGGUGAUGCUGCUCAUGCCCUACCUCCCAGCUCCGGGCAGGGCAUCAGCCAGACCUUGGAAGACGUCUACACUUUCACCGAGCUGUUGAAGGCACCGCACAUGAAGGACUGGAAGACGAGACUUGGGUUCUGGCAGCGACUACGCCAGGAACGAAUUGAUGCAGUGUUUGACUGGGCGACGAAUGCAACCAAUGUGCAAAGACUUCCACAGGCAGAUAGGGAUAAGCUGGUGAAGGAGGGCAAGGCCAAAGACGCGAAUGCUACCGAGGGGUUUGACGAUAUGCGUUGGCUGUACCGGCCUGAGGUAGAUAGCAAGAUCAGCGACUGGCUUGAGUCGGAGAGGUGA